CUGCGCCAAAGGGAGCGCCCGCCGGAGCGCCUGGGGUCGGAGCGCGCGGGCUUCGGUUGCGGCGGCGCCUCCGCCUCGGACCAUGGUCUGCGCGGGCAGCGGGAGGAUCGGCCCCGCUCUGCUGCUGCUGGCUGGCCCGCUUCGGAAGGGUUUUUCCUCAUUUCAAGUCAACUUCCUCCAUCCAGAAUUUGAGCGGCGGCCUUCUCAGAUCGUCUCGCAGGCCAGCAUGAAGGUGGAAAUCCUUCCAGCCCUCACAGACAACUAUAUGUACCUCCUUGUGGAUGAGGAGACCAAGGAAGCAGCAAUCGUUGACCCCGUGCAGCCCCAAAAGGUUCUGGAUGCAGCCAAGAAGCAUGGAGUGAAAUUGACCACUGUGCUUACUACACAUCACCACUGGGACCACGCUGGGGGCAACGAGAAACUUGUAAAGAUGGAGCCGGGCUUACGAGUGUAUGGGGGAGAUAGCAGGGUUGGAGCCCUCACCCAGAAAGUCUCUCACCUUACGACAUUUCAGGUGGGCUCCCUCAACGUGAAAUGCCUCUCAACUCCCUGCCACACCUCUGGACACAUCUGCUAUUUUGUGACAAAGCCAAACAGCUCGGAACCCCCUGCGGUAUUCACAGGUGACACAUUGUUUGUGGCUGGUUGUGGAAAGUUCUUUGAAGGAACACCAGAAGAAAUGUACAGAGCUUUGAUUGAGGUCUUGGGACGCCUGCCUCCCGAAACGAAAGUCUAUUGUGGCCACGAAUAUACCAUCAACAACUUAAAGUUUGCCCAGCACGUGGAACCAAAUAAUACCGCUAUCCAACGAAAGCUAUCAUGGGCAAAGGCCAAAUACGAUGGAGGGGAGGCAACCAUCCCAUCCACCAUUGGUGAAGAAUUCACAUACAACCCGUUCAUGCGAGUGAGAGAAUCAACGGUGCAGCAUCAUGUCCGGGAAACGGAUCCCGUUCGUACCAUGGGAGCCAUUCGCAAAGAGAAAGACAGCUUUAAAGUACCGAAAGAUUAAAUGAACCAGAUCCCCUGCUGCUUUCCUUUUCUUUCUUUCUUUUUCUUUCUGUUAUUCAGUUCAGGAAAUCGGUGUUUCAUUGUUCUGUUUUAUUGAGUUAAUUCACAUAAUGGAAGUUGGGGUGAGGGGAAUAUCACCCAAAGCACUUUGCUGUUUAAAGAAAAAAUUAUUGUGCCCUUGGGACUCAGUUGCUUAAUAUUAUCAUUAUUUGCAUUAUGAUUAUUAUUAUUAUUAUUAUUAUUGGAGUGAUGCAUGGAAGUGGUUUUUGUCAUUGGGUUCCAAUGAAAACAGAUUUUCUUCCAAGUGACUUAGGCUUUCUGGGAAGGUGACUUGGAACCAUCUGCCUCUGGAGUCGAAAUGCACAUUCGAAAGGCUCCGUGAUUCCCCUAAACUUCAAAACGACCUUUCCUGCUACCCCAAAUGCUCCUUCCACAUCUAACACGUUUGCAAAUCGGACAGCGCUGUUCCCCGGAGCGCAUGUGCCCAUCUCAGGGGAACGAAGCAGCAGGCUGGGAAACCCAGUGGAGAGGAGCCGAUGUAGCAGGAACAAGUAAAUAAAGAGGCGUUUGUAUAUCUUUAAAUAGGAAAAUGGCAAUUGUUUGAGCAGCACAGCACUUUAAAAAGGAAAACAAACGAACAAACUUCAAAUCUAUUUUGACUGGUUGUGGCUUCAAACCAGAAGUGAUUUUAGCAACUUCGAAUAUUUUUCUCAGCACUCUGGGAAAACUCUGAAAUUUCAGGGAUCCUUGUAUGCUGGGGAAGUAGUGACAGUA